GGCUGCUCAGACGCCAAUACUUGUCUUGGUCAUUCUGUUGCCGUUUUGAUCCAUGUGUGAAGAGUCAUAGGAUUCACGGGGCUCUUUUUUAGACGCUGUUCUUCCAUUUUUUAGAUAUAAUCGCCAACGUGGUCAGUCAUUCUCUUAAGCGGCUAGAUUGGGUGUAUCCCUUACUCGUCAGUAAAUAUGGCGCAACGAGCCGUGCUCUUCUUCGACAUUGACAAUUGCCUGUAUCCUAUCGGCACCCAAAUCCAUCCUAUCAUGUCUAAUUUGAUAGAUAAAUUUUUCAUGACUCAUCUUUCUCUGUCCGAAGAGGAUGCCACAGCUUUGCAUCAAAAAUACUACAAGGAUUAUGGACUCGCAAUCGAAGGCUUGGUGAGACACCACAGCGCCAUAGAUCCUCUGGAGUUCAAUGCUCAGGUGGAUGAUGCCCUGCCACUCGAGGACAUCCUUAAACCGGACGAAGAAUUGCAAAAGCUUCUCGCAGACCUUGACACGACCAAGGUCAAACCUUGGCUGUUCACCAACGCGUAUGUAACUCAUGGAAGGCGCGUCGUCCGGCUGUUGGGUGUCGAGAAAUACUUUGAGGGAUUGACAUACUGUGACUAUGCCGCACCCGAGGGUCGGAUAAUAGCGAAACCAAGCAGAGAAAUGUUCGCCAAGGCCAUGAGGGAAGCCGGCGUUGAAGAUAUGAAAGACUGUUUUUUUGUUGACGACUCAUACAUGAAUGUGAAGGCGGCUGCAAGUUUAGGCUGGACCGCAGUCCAUCUGCUGUACCCGUCACAGCCCCGUCCUCCCACUCCUGCAUCAGAAUAUCAGAUCCAGAAUUUGCAGGAGUUGCGGAAAAUCUUCCCACAAUUCUUCAAAUCCACAAAUUCAGUUUUGUCUUAGUAGCAAGGCCUUGAACAACGCGUGGUGACAUCCAGGCAGUAGGGUCACGAAGACAACGAAAAAUACCAUAGAUCUAAAAAUGUAGAACGCAAAUAUAAAGCACCGACCUCUGGUUAUCGUACAAAUCCAUGCUAUCGUCAAGUUCCGUGUGGAUGAUCUCUCCUGCAGAGCUUCACAGCGAGCGCCUCGAUCUCGUAUGGAUUUCAGUGAAU